GCAUGUACGCUAGAAUGUGAAGGAAAGCUGCCUUCUGCCAAAGCCUGGGAUGCCUGCAAGGAGCUCCUGCAACUGGCAAAGCUGGAUCUUUCUGAGGAUGGCAGCAUCGCUCCAGGAGACAAGAAAGAGCUGGAUGAGAACCAUUUGCUUGCGAAGAAGUACGGAGGCUUCAUGAAAAGAUAUGGGGGGUUCAUGAAGAAAAUGGAUGAGCUCUAUCGGGUAGAACCGGAGGAUGAAGCUAACGAAGGAGAAAUCCUGGCUAAGAGGUAUGGAGGGUUUAUGAAGAAAGACUCGGAUGAUGAUGCCCUUGCUAAUUCCUCUGAUCUGCUGAAGGAGCUUUUAGGAACAGGGGAUAACCCUGAAGCGGGGCAUUACCGAGAGAUAAAUGAAAAAGACGGGGACAUCAGCAAAAGAUAUGGAGGCUUCAUGAGAAGCAUAAAGCGCAGCCCCGAAUUGGAAGAUGAAGCCAAAGAGCUGCAAAAGAGAUAUGGUGGUUUCAUGAGAAGAGUGGGCAGGCCAGAAUGGUGGCUGGAUUACCAGAAAAGGUAUGGUGGGUUUCUUAAGCGCUUCGCCGACUCCUUUCUCCCUUCAGAAGAAGAUGGGGAAACUUAUUCCAAAGAGGUCCCAGAGAUGGAAAAGAAAUAUGGUGGAUUUAUGAGAUUUUAAUACCUUUCCCUUUAUCCCUUUUGUCCUAAAUGAGAAAGACUGCCUUAUUGGUCAUAACUUAUUGUAACGUGUUGCUUGUACUGUACAGUUUUUUACUGUCCUUGGUUAAUGAUGCAACCUGCGGUUUGUUGUUUCAGGUUCUGUGUUCUUUCAAGUCAAAUAUAACUAAUUUCUGGUUUAGCCAAGUUUCAGUCUGUAUUGUAGUUUCCAUGCUAGAACUAUUUUGAUUACUGUACUCAUUUUCUUUAAAGAGGAAGUACAUCUUCAGUAGAGUUGCUUAACUGUAUAUACAAUAAAUUCUUCAUCCUAACUGCAUAAA